CGUCUAGGCAAGCACUCGAGAUUACACAGAUUGGAAAAAAUUACUUUUUUUUCAAAUCUUCCGCUCUUCUACCCCCUCCCUGCAUACUCUCGUUCGUGGAUAAAAUUUCGAAUCGUGUGCACGUUGCGUGAGUGUAGUGUACUUAAUCUACAAGCUGUGCAAAUUUUUUUAUCAGUUUUACGCGGACGAAUCGAUUGAUAAAUAAUAUAACAAUUUAAACUCUCGAGAUUGCUGCUUUAGCUUUUUCGUUCAGUAGUCGUCGUUCAUUAAUGACUGAAUAAGGAUUUUUUUUUAAUAUAAGAAAGCGCAGUCUAAUUACAUAUUUCGUUCGGACAAGUUCUAUGUUUACGUACCUAUCUAUACUUAAUGCAUCCGAAACACGUUGAAAUUGAUUUUUACAGCAUCAUGUCGCAUUUAUCACAUUUAUAGAAAAAGUGGUGUAAUUUUUCAUAUUGUAAAUGGCUACGUUUCUUAGUUCUGAAAUUUUCAAAGAAGCGUAUAUAGCAUGUCUGACCUUCACAGCUUUUAUUAUGGUGGCUGCCUGCAGAGGCUUCGUAGCUUUCCAAUUGCCACAGCUGAAAUCUCCAGGUUCCGAUAUACGAGUGACAGAAGACGAAGCUUCGUGGAUAGCCACGCUGACAAUUUUACCUAAUCCCAUCGGCUGCGUGCUCGGAGGAAUGCUAAUGGAUCUAAUCGGCCGGAAGACUACCUUGCAAUUGAUAUUUAUUCCUUUUGCGGUCGCCUGGGCAAUUAUAGGAUUCUCGGUGAAUGUGCAGAUGCUGUAUAUUGGUACUUUUAUCGCUGGAGUGGCUGCUGGCGCUUGUUACUGCAGUUCUACGUAUAUAGCCGAGGUUUGCUCACCAGAACACCGAGGACCUUUACUGGGAUUCCUCGAGCCCACCUACACCUUCGGAAUCCUGAUAUGUAACCUCUUAGUACACAAUUUCGGCUGGAGAGUGUCAGCUUUGGGUUUCAUAAUCGUCUCAUGCGUAUGUUUCGUGUUACUCUUCUUCCUGCCCGAAUCUCCCUCGUGGCUGGUGACCAAAGGACGCAACAAGAAAGCCCUGAGUAUCCUAACGUGGAUACGAGGCAACCCCGGAGACGCUGAACGAGAAAUCGCCGAAAUCGAGAACUCGCUAGGAUUCUCAUCUAAAGACUCUAAAACCAUAAGUGGCAGCUUACACGCGGUUAUGAAAUCGUGGAAACCGCUAGUGAUGCUAAUAGGCUUGGUGACACUACAGAGGGUAUGCGGAUGCCCGAUUUUGGAAAGUUAUACGGUCGAGUUUUUCGGCCAUCUAAAGCUACCGUUUGAUAGUUCCUUGGCGGCCAUUUAUCAUUCGACGACCAAUUUCAUAACCAGCUUUUUCACACCAUUCGCCGUACAAAAAACACCCCGACGAGUGCUUUUAGGUGUAACUAGUUUUGUAAUGGGUAUCGCUAUGUUGGUCGUAACCGUUUACGAGAUGAAUUUUCACGGCGACCAAGCCCAGCCCUAUUUUUGGAUCGUAUUGGCCAGCGUGUACAUUUACGACGUCGCCAGCACCUUAGGAGUGCUACCUUUACCUUUCAUCUUAUCGGGUGAAUUAUUCCCGACGAAAAACCGAGGUGCUUUGAAUGGUAUCUACGGAUGUUUCUCUUUCCUCAUAUCGGCCGCCGUUGUGAAAACUUUUACACGAUUUCUAGACGCUAUCGGUAUCGUGAACGUGGUAUUCUCUUACGCGAUCGUAUGCUUUAUUACUAUCGCCUACGGUAAGUUCAUUCUGCCCGAAACUAGUAACAAAACGUUACCGGAAAUACAAAUUAAAUAUUUCAACAAAAAAACAAAAAAGCAAGUCGAUGACAAUACCUAUGUCGAAGAACAAGCCUAAGAAAUUAACACGAAGAAAAAAUUACGCUCUUGUACCCGCGUCUUCUCUUCUUCAUCGUUGUCGUCGUCGUUCUCGUUGUCAUCUUCAAAUCUCGUCAUCUGAAUCCUUCUUCUUUUUUUUCCUAUCGUGAUCUAUUCCUCGAUGAGAUUUCUUUUCAGAACCGUGAACCGCGCUGCCGUCGACGACAACUACUACGCAGUAUUUUUUUCAAUUUAUUUACCCGACUCGAAUUAAUAUUGUCGUCGUUGGUCGCGGUGGCAAAAUGGAUCAGCGUAUAGAAAUUAAUUUUACCUCGAGGAUCGUCACUGUAUCUUGUGCACGUAUCUAAUAGAGCGGAAAUUUGAAAAAAAGAAAAGAAAAGAAUGGUAUUGAUGAAACAGUUUUGAAGCGUUGAAAAAGAGUGGGUGUCAUCCCCUUUGUUCCUCUGAAAGUUUGGAUUUAAUAUGAAAACUUUCCUUCCUCCUCCAAGACUGUGGAUUUUAUCAGAAGAAACCACUAAUUGUAAAAUUCAAGGCUAUUUUCAUCGAUAUUCGAGUGAAGGCGUAGAUACAAUAUAUAUAAGGUGUCCUAAGCGGACCUCCAUCAUGUUUUGAAAAUCAAUUUUUGGGAAAAAAUUUUAAAAAAUGACAUUGAUUAAAAUAGGAAAAAAGUUUCGCAGUUUAUCUUGACUUUUGAAAGGAUCAAAAUGUAAUAAGUAACUCUAAAGAAUGAUAUUUUUUCAAAAAAAACUCCGGUAAAGUAAUAUUUUUUUUUGGGGGGGGGGAGAGCAAAAAAAUGUGAAUGGCGAUUCACAAUUUUAAGGGAAGAAUACUUGAUUGACAGGCUGAUAGCGAAAUUAAAUAUAUUUAAUUUUCUCAGUCAAAUUUCCCACGAUGGAGAAAUUUUAAGCGACUCACAGCAGUAAUUUUUUUUGAACUUUUUGCUCUCUUCUCGUUUUAAGGAUAAGGUAUUGUUCAUUCGAAAUUUUCAAAAUCAAAAUCCCCCCUCCCCCCUCCAAAAGCAAAGAUAUGCCUGAACGUACCUAUAUAUUGUGGAAAAAAAUUGAAAUCAGAAGUAUUAGGGUUGGGGAUUAGUGUACUGAAGAAGAUAAGAUGAAACAUGGUGAAUUUUUGCGUCCUCAUUUUUUUGCCAAACAAGGCGCUCGCUUGUUUUUGAAAAAAUUUCAAAAAUUUUGUGAAGAAUGCUACAAAACAGAAAAUUUUUUCGCCAUAAUAAAAUGAAAGUGCAUCAAAAUUUUAUGUAGUCGAGUGAAGGAUUGUCAUAUGAACUCAAAAAAGCAAUGAACAAAACCAUAGGUGGUCUGAGUGAAUUUUAGGUGGGGCAGUCAACAGCAAUAAUUUCGAAUUUGCAUUCCAAAAAAUGUCAAAUAAUUUUGAAAUUUUAAGAACAGUGGUUUUGAGCAACAAGUUGACAUUUUACAUCAAUUUUUUUAAUGAAAUGUAAUGAAUAUUUUUCAAAAUCAAAAGUAUAGAAAUCGAAAAUAGGCAUGUUGUUUGAAAUGUUCACUAAAUUUUUCGCAGAAAUGUUUCCCCAUAAGGUACCCAGCUACUCAACUUGCCUAAUUACAUUUUUAUUGGUUUUGAAAAAAUACUUUUUCCGAAAUUUUUAGCUGAGCUUUCACUUGAAAAAAAAAUAUUGGUUUGAAAAAAAAACGAAAAAUUACAUUUGUGUCCCAAAAACUGGAGAAUCUAAAAAUCUGCUGGAGGCUCCAGAAUACCUCAUAACCACCACAAUUUCGCUCAGAAGGUUCAAAGUAGGGUACAAACCGAAUUCACAUCUUUUUUAUUCACCCGUUUGCAGGAUUUUUCCAUUUUUUUCUGAAAGGUAUUUUAAUUAGCAGAAACCGAUUUUGAAAAUAGUCCCUCGUUGGCGUAGUAGGUAGAGCCGCGGACCUCUGUUCACGAGGUACCCGGUUCAAACCCAGCUACAGAGGCAAGCUUGUGCGUGUAAUUAAAAAAUCUUUCGUGCAAUUAUCAACAUUACACGCCAAGUACCGUGGGACUACCAGUUUAGCCGAGCUAACAGAUAAUGCACGCCAUCUGUUAGCAGAAUCAAAAAGCUGAAACUGGUUCGAGCGUCUAUAGAGGUCAACACUGAGGAGCUCGGGUCUCUAAACUACCCGGCUAGCUCCAAGGUGCUUGUGUAGAUGUCACUAGAAAGCAACGGGAAACUACUAGUGGAAGCUCGAAACAACGUCGAUUCCCUAGAAUAAUCGCAGUGGCAAUAGGCAUACGCCUCCACCCUGUUAGGGUACCACAAAAAUGCGAUUUCCAAUGUCCUGUAAAGGAUAAGGAACCACGACGACGACGACGAUUUUGAAAAUACGAGCCAAAAUUGAUCGAAAGGGUCACGAAGACAGUAAAUCCAAAUUUAUACCCACAGAAUUUCAUUUUGAGUUUAUUUAUGGAAAUUUUUCAAAAACGGGAGCAGGUAUCUGAAAGUGAAAACAUCACCAGUCAACUCAUAAGGUCGAAAAUAGGGUAUACUUAAACCAAUUUCAGCAUUUUACUCUAAUUUGAUUAAUUAUUGAUUUUUUUCAUCCAAAACAUGGGGGGGGGGUUUGAAAUAUAAAAAUUUUUCCAAAAAUCAAGAAACAAAUUUCAGCAGCUGAAAUUUGCCCUAUUGGUGUUUUUACUUUUUUGGGAUCCUUUUUUGAUUCCUCCUUGUCCAUUUCAAAAUUUUUUUGAUUCGGUUGGCAUCUUGUUGUGUUAAAAAUCUGAGAAUUUGUGUUUUUUCAUGAGCUGCUUACAAUAUUCUUGCGAUUAAUUUUUGAAAGUUAUUGCUGAGUGUUCAAGUUUCAACUCCAGAAAAAUGGAUAUAUUCGAAAUUAGUGUUACCAGAUGUGCAUUUUCAGGUGUCGCAUCCAUUUGUAAAUACAGAAAGUUUGAGAAUAUGUUUUCAUUUUUGAGGUGAGAAUAUUCUGAGAAAUUCCCUAAUAUGCGGGAAUCAUUAAAAAAACGCUUGAUCGACCAAAUGGGCAUUUUUUUCGAAAAAAAAAACCUUUAUUUUCUCCUGUUUGAAUUUAAAAUAGGUAAUUAAUUCACUGGCAAAUGUAAAUUUUUCGGUCUGUGUCAAAAGAUCUUCCAUGGAAUGUUUCCUCUUUCGAGUUCUUACUACUUAGCUUAGAAUGGAGAAUAGGGGUGCCUGAGAGACUCAAAAAGAGAGUCCUUUCAAAAAAUGAAAGUUACUUUUGUGAAUUUGAAUGAAUUGAAAAAUAAAAUAUGCCCGAUAGUUGAACUGUUUCAUCAAUAGUCGUUUUUCUGAGAAACGUGAAAAUAACCAGGAAAAUAAUUUAUGCCAAUUCGAAGCUUUACUAAUACCUGUACACAUACUUACAUUUACCUACCGUAUGGUAUUUGACGAAUCGUGCAACAAAAUCUCACACGACUUCGCACCCACAUCGCGAAAAUGAAUUGACAAUUUCAUACAGAAGACAGUACCUCGACGACAAUCAAUUCCCAUCCUUAUUCCUCUUAUCGUCGUGUCACUCCAAACGACGAACCAGGAUUGUUGGUUUUUAUGUUCCUAUAUAUGUCUUUUUUUCUUCUUUUUUUUUGUCGUGUAAAUCUCUGUGUACGUAUUUAGUGAGAUGAUGAUAUGUAAGUAAUUAAUAAAAUACCUAGGUAUGUGAAUUUUUUCAUACCAUAAUGUUUUAUUAUUAUCGAGUGUUUCUUUCUGUGUGAAUAUUAGAAUUACAUGUAAUCGUUCUUUUACGAAUAAAGUAUUACUUCUCUU